AUGGUGAAAGAAUUAAUUGUUAAGAUCCUGCGCAGGGUGGACGCCGCCAAGCCCACCGGCAGUGUGGUCUCGAUCAUCAUGCCCCCCAGGAAGCAGAUCUCGGACGUCUCGAAGCUGCUCACCGAGGAGCUGGGCAAAUCCUCGUGCAUCAAGGACCGGACCACCCGCAACUCGGUGGCGGAGGCCCAGACCUCGGCCAUCCAGCGGCUCAAGCUGUACAACAAGGUGCCGCCGAACGGGCUGUGCCUCUACACGGGGCUGGUGAUGGAGGACGACAACAAGGGCGAGAAGAAGAUCGUCAUCGACUUCGAGCCCAACCGCCCCAUCAACCUCAACAUCUACAGCUGCGGGCUGAACUUCGUCACCGACGAGGUCAAGAAGGAGCUGCUGGCCAACGAGCCGCCCUUCGGUUUUAUCAUUGUUGAUGGCAACGGCGCCCUCUACGGCACCCUCCAGGGCCGCGCCAAGGAGGUCAUCAACAAGUUCACUGUCGAGCUGCCCAAGAAGCACGCAAGGGGCGGGCAGUCCUCGGUCCGGUUCGGACGGCUGCGGGUCGAAAAGCGGCACAACUACCUGCGCAAGGUCUGCGAGGUGGCCGAGAGCUGCUUCCUCGUGAACGACCGCGUCACAGUCACGGGGCUGGUGCUGGCGGGGUCUGCGGACUUCAAGAACGAGCUGGAGAAGACGCAGAUGUUCGACCCGCGGCUGGCGGAGAAAGUGGUCAAGGUGGUGGACAUCUGCUACGGAGGGGAAAACGGAUUCAACCAGGCCAUCGAGCUGAGCCAGGACGCCCUCGAGAGCGUCCGCUUCGUCAAGGAGCGCAAGUCGAUCUCCAAGUUCUUCGACGAGAUCGCAACCGACUCCGGCAUGGUCUGCUACGGAGUGGCCGACACCAUGAAGCUGAUCGACGCCAAGAGCAUCGCCCGGGUGCUGCUGUUCGAGGGUAGUGCUGACCAGAUCUGCCACACCUGCGCCUGCAGCUGCGUAACCCCAACACCGAUGAGGCUGUCCUACCAGUACGUCACUCCCGAAAAAAUAGCCGAGACGCGCGAGUUCACGGACCAGGACGGUUCGCCCCUCGACCUGGAGGGCACCGAGGUCUUCACCGAGUGGAUCACCGAGAACUACAGGGGGCUGGGGAUCGAGCUGGAGCUGGUGAGCGACCGGUCCCCGGAAGGCACGCAGUUCCUGAAAGGGUUCGGGGGUGUCUGCGGGUUCCUGCGGUACAAAUUGGAACAGGAGCUGCUGCUGGGGGGAGUGGAAUGGACCUCCGAUGACGAGGACUUUAUGUGA